AUGUUUCAGUCCGACAUCGUUCAUCAGAGCGUCUACGAAUUGGUUCACAGCGAAGACAGAGAGGAGUUACAACGACAAUUAAUGUGGAACUCUUUUUUACCAUCGGAAAGUUCAAACUUACCCCUUCACGACGCGCUUUCCGUCCAGCAUAGCCAUCUGCUGGAACGGAGCUUUACAGUUCGCUUCCGUUGUCUUUUGGACAACACUUCCGGGUUCUUGAGAUUAGACAUCAGGGGGAGGGUGAAGGUCCUGCAUGGCCAGAAUAAAAAGACAGAGGAGCCUCCGCUGGCCCUCUUCGCGCUUUGCACGCCUUUCGGACCCCCUUCACUGCUGGAAGUCCCGCAGAAGGAAGUAAUGUUCAAGAGCAAGCACAAACUUGAUUUUGCGCUUGUUUCCAUGGACCAGAGAGGGAAGAUGCUUCUGGGGUACACCGACGCGGAACUUACGAAUUUAGGCGGCUAUGAUUUAGUGCACUAUGACGACCUGGCUUACGUCGCGAGUGCUCAUCAAGAACUUCUGAAAACUGGAGCGUCGGGGAUGAUCGCUUACAGGUACCAGAUGAAAGAUGGAGGCUGGCAAUGGUUACAGACUAGUUCUCGCUUGGUUUAUAAAAAUUCUAAGCCGGACUUUGUAAUCAGCACCCACCGACCUUUAAUGGAGGAGGAAGGUCGUGAUCUUCUAGGAAAACGUACGAUGGACUUCAAAGUGAGUUAUCUAGACGCGGGACUGACCAACAGCUACUUUUCAGACAACGACAGCCUGACAGGGCCAUCAAUGACCCCGACAUUGCCAGCGCAGCCGACGCCUCAGCGAGUGAACCGACGGUACAAAACCCAGCUUCGUGACUUCCUGUCGACGUGUCGCAGCAAGAGAACCAAGCUGGCCAAUCAAUCGUCGAGUUCUCCGCCUUCGACACCGACAGUGGCCUCGGUGGACUACUUGGCAGCGGACACCAGCGCAGCAGCAGCGGUGGCAGCGGCGUACAGCAACCUGAACACGAUCUACCCAACCCCAUACGCGCCGAGCGCAGUCGCGGCGACAAGUGACCCAUCCUUGACGACGUACAUCGGUCACACAGGGAACUACCACCAGACUCUGUACCCGGCUUCGGCGCUGGACAACCGCUACCUCACCACGGAGAACCUCUUCCAGUACCGGCCGCUGGGCUCGUACUACCCGGACUACCACUCGACGACGGCCUACAACGGCUUCAUCGACGUCUCGCUGCCCACUUAUGACACCCACCAGCUGGCGGGCAGCAAGGCCGAGGAGAGACUCUACUGCCAGCAGCUGGAGAGCCCCAAGUACGGCUACGUCGACAGUUCUGCGAGGCACCCCAACAACUCGCCCUACGCGGCCAGCCCGGUAACCAGCGCCUCGAACAUCCACCAGAACCCCGAGAUCAACAUGGGAGUGGGCAGAGCGGGCAGCAGGCACUCUCUGGAAGGCGCUUCCUCCAGCAACUCCGCUGGAAGCUCUCCCGUCACCGCUGCUAAUGGAGUCAGGACUCCCAAGAUGGAAGACGUCAAGCCCGACGUCUACGGCAGCGAAGCUCCCAGGCAGACUGUCCUCAUGUGGGGUCCACCGCCCAGGUCCCCGCCGAAGAACAACGGAAGCUACAGCCCUCCCACCCCGCAUUCCACCCACUCGUCUCACUCCAACACCAAUGUCAAUGUCAACAGCGACCCUCUCAAAUCCCUGGCAGAGAUGAACUCCCUCAAUGGAGACUGCAAGUGGAAGACCUCCCCCAAUGGCGGACAAGCCAGUCCGCCGAGGAAAAAUCAUCACCAGAACCAGAACCAGGCUGCCCAAAAUCAAGGACAGUAUCCGGUUACUAGUCACAGUCACUACGGCGGAUACGCACAUCAUCAGGGACACCACGGGGACACCGGCGAGGUAUGGCAAGGAGUUCAGCACCACCACUACCAGUACUAUCCCUACCACCAUCACCACCCCGCACCACCAAGACACACGCCCCACACGUCACCAUCGUCAGCGGGAACGGGGACGGACUUGGCCGGCUCGGGCAUGGACAUACCCCAGGAGCACAGCAACACCACCAUCAGCAACUCAUUAUAUCAUCAGUCGCAUCACGCAGCCUCCUCGGUUGCCUCAAUAGUGCCAGCUGCCUCUCAGAUACCAAACCGGACGCCGGGAGUCCUCUGCUGUCCAUCUCUGAGGUGA